AGCGCUUAGCUUCGUGCUGUAUAAAUACGGGUGGCUAGGUUUGGUUGUCAUCACCAAGCCCCUUGUCGACGCAUUACAGUCGUGUUCUAGGGACGUUGAUACAAACCGUUUAACACCAUUUAUAUUUUUUGAUACUUCAAGACUAAUAAACCAAAAUGCGUGAGUGUAUUUCCAUCCAUGUUGGCCAAGCUGGAGUCCAGAUUGGUAACGCCUGCUGGGAGUUGUACUGUCUGGAACAUGGUAUCCAGCCAGAUGGUCAGAUGCCAUCAGACAAGACCAUUGGAGGUGGUGAUGACUCAUUCAACACCUUCUUCAGUGAGACUGGUGCUGGCAAACAUGUGCCAAGAGCUGUCUUUGUUGAUCUGGAGCCCACUGUCAUUGAUGAGGUCCGAACUGGCACCUACAGACAGCUGUUCCACCCAGAGCAGUUGAUCACUGGUAAGGAAGAUGCCGCCAACAAUUAUGCCCGUGGUCACUACACCAUUGGUAAGGAGAUUGUCGACCUUGUCCUUGACCGCAUCAGAAAAUUGGCCGAUCAGUGCACUGGUCUUCAGGGAUUCCUCAUCUUCCACAGCUUCGGUGGUGGCACUGGAUCUGGAUUCACCUCCCUGUUGAUGGAACGUCUGUCUGUUGACUAUGGCAAGAAAUCCAAGCUCGAGUUUGCUGUUUACCCAGCUCCUCAGAUCUCCACAGCUGUUGUUGAACCCUACAACUCCAUCUUGACCACACACACAACUCUAGAACACUCUGACUGUGCCUUCAUGGUCGACAAUGAGGCCAUUUACGACAUCUGCCGUCGUAACCUUGACAUUGAAAGACCAACCUACACCAACUUGAACCGUCUGAUUGGUCAAAUUGUCUCCUCCAUCACCGCCUCCCUCAGAUUUGAUGGUGCCCUGAAUGUUGAUCUGACUGAGUUCCAGACCAACUUGGUGCCAUACCCACGUAUCCACUUCCCCCUGGCAACCUAUGCUCCAGUCAUCUCUGCUGAGAAGGCCUACCAUGAACAACUCUCAGUAGCUGAGAUCACCAACGCUGUGUUUGAGCCAGCCAACCAGAUGGUCAAGUGUGACCCACGUCACGGCAAGUACAUGGCCUGCUGUAUGUUGUACAGAGGUGAUGUUGUCCCCAAGGAUGUCAAUGCAGCCAUUGCUACUAUCAAGACAAAGAGAACCAUCCAGUUUGUUGACUGGUGUCCUACUGGUUUCAAGGUUGGCAUCAACUACCAGCCACCAACUGUUGUACCUGGAGGUGACUUGGCCAAGGUCCAACGUGCUGUCUGCAUGUUGAGCAACACCACAGCCAUUGCUGAGGCCUGGGCUAGACUUGACCACAAGUUUGACCUUAUGUAUGCCAAGCGUGCUUUCGUCCACUGGUAUGUGGGUGAGGGUAUGGAGGAAGGUGAGUUCUCUGAAGCCCGUGAGGAUCUGGCUGCCUUGGAGAAAGAUUAUGAAGAAGUUGGUGUUGACUCAGUCCAGGGUGAAGGUGAAGAGGAGGGAGAGGAAUAUUAAAUCCACUCAACUGUUGUCCUGAAGUAGACUGCUGAAAAUGGUUAGAUCUCACUUUAACACCAGAAUGAAAAAAAUGUUAUAGAAUUUAAAAAGUCUUGGUUUAAAAACUCGCCAUGCCUCAGUCUCAUCAAAAUUGGGACACAGUCCACCAGAGGCUUUUAUUUAUUGGGUGAGAAACUCAAUCAAUUUUCCCAAAGUUAAAAUUUGCUAUCAAAAAGUUUUAAGUUCUUGUUUAAAAAGUGUAACUGGAAAAUAUUUUUGUUUUGGAACUGUAAACUUUUACUAACAAAAUUGAAUUGUUUAUUUAUUAAACAGUAUUAUAAUUCAAUUGUUAAGUUAUUUUAAUGGAGGUUUUAGAAAAGGUUUUGUAAAAAAAUUUAUCAAUGAAAAGGGAAAAUUAAAAAUCUAUUUUUGUA